GAAGUUGUUUCACACUGCUGAAGAAGUCAAUCAUACAUCGCAAUAGCAGUGCGCGUUUUCCUACCUUUCUUUGCCCUUUGGUCAUCGUCAUACAGUCAAUGGUCACCACACGAUUAUUUUCAAAUAGGCAUCGUUUCUUCACUUGUUCUGUAGACUAUGGAUCGUUUGCGUCGAAUCAGGUCAUGCUAAAUGUCUGGUGACAUUUCCGUAUCGUAGCUUUGCUAACUACACUUUCCAGUCGCUACAUUCAGCUGUCCAUAUGUUGCGGAACUUUGCGCUCCGUUCGCGAUUAUUGGUCAGUAAUUGUAUUUCAUUGUGGGACUACCAUAGUAGUUUUUGUCUCCGGUAUUACAAGACAAUGGAAAGAGCAGUGGUAAGAUGUGUACCAUUAGAGGGAAAGCUAACAAUUUCAUUUAUGCUCAGUGGGAGCCAGAAGCACAUGUUAAGGGAUCAGAGUGAAGAAUUAGGUAAAGUAUUAGCACGAAUAUCAAACGGCAUCAUCAAGGCCCAGGGAAAGGAUAAAAAGUCCAAGAAGAAGCAAUUAAAUGAACCAUGUGAGGCCGUUGUGCCAAUUGUGAGACUGCAGUACAACGGCGAUUAUGUGGCAAAUGAUGUGUCCAACUUUGAUGCGUGGCAAGAUGGAGCUGUUCUACAUAUUGGGGAAAUGAAAUAUAAAAUUGAGCGGAACCCUCCGACAUUCACCACCGCGGAGUUGCCUGUCGCACUUUUGGCAGGUUUUCCUGUUUGUCCAAAACUGGAAAUAGAAUUCGGGGAUUUAAACUAUUGUGUCUUUACAUGGUUUAAAUCUAAUGACCCUAACCAUGACUCCUGGGUCGAGGCUGGCACCAGCCGUGUGUUCACGCCCUCAAAUAUGGAUAUUGGUUUGAAAGUAAAGUUUAAUUGUAUCCCUGGGAAUGAGACCAAAUGUGGGGUUGCAACGGAAUUGGUUUCUAGUAGUACUAUUGAAGCAGGACCUGGAGUUUGCACAUUUGACAGUCGCCACCUGUACACAAAAAAAGUUACAGACAAUUCAACAUUGAGAGUUGUGUCUUACAACAUUCUGGCAGAUAUCUAUGCUCAAACUGAUCUUUCUAAAACAGUGUUGUAUCCUUACUGCCCUCCUUAUGCACUGGGGAUUGACUACAGACAAAACCUAAUCAAAAAAGAGUUGAUGGGAUAUAACGCUGACAUAAUUUGCCUUCAGGAGGUUGACAAAGCAGUCUUCAGUGAUAGUUUGUCACCUGCAUUGGAUGCCUCUGGUAUGGAAGGAGUCUUUAAAAUCAAGGAGAAGCAGCACGAGGGACUUGCAACAUAUUUUCGGAAGUCUAAACUACAACUGCUCAGCCAGCACGACAUAAUGCUAAGUGAGGCACUAACAAAUGACCCUCUUCACUCUGACUUGUUGGAUAAUCUCGUCAAGAACUCUAUUUUGAGGGACCAGGUGAUGCGAAGAUCAACUACAUUGCAGGUGACUGUUCUUCAGCCUUUAAGUAAUGGCUCAAAGCCAGUAUGUGUUGCCAACACUCAUCUCUACUGGCACCCCAAAGGAGGAAAUGUUCGCCUGAUCCAGAUUGCCAUUGCCCUACGUCAUUUGAAGCAGGUUAUCUCUGUGGAACACCCAGGUGCUUCUCUGCUGUUCUUUGGCGAUUUCAAUAGCACCCCUUCUUCCGGCCUAUUCCAGCUUUUGAGCCAGGGAACUGUACCCACAACACAUCCUGACUGGACCUCUGGCGGGCCCGACGAGCAGUGCCCCAUGGAGCUACACAACCCCUUUCAGCUCCAGAGUGCCUGUGGAGAGCCAUCUUACACCAACUAUGUGGGUGGCUUCCAUGGCUGCUUGGACUAUAUCUUCCUGGAUCCACAGGUGCUUUGUGUGGAACAGGUCAUUCCCAUGCCAAGCCACGAGGAGGUGACAACUUACCAAGCGCUACCAAGUGUUUCUCAUCCGUCAGACCAUAUUGCCCUUAUUUGUGACCUCAAGUGGAAAUGAACUCUCUCUCUAAAAAGACAUUUUGUGCACGAUCUCUUAAUUGCCCCAUCACUGAUACGUUCAGUUAUCAGAGGACUGUAUACAUUUGCAUGAUCUGUUCAACAGUGACUGAUGGGAGAUUUAGUUGACAUUCAGAUCUACUCAUUGGUUUCAUCAGGUCCCUUCCCACAGGUAUAUAAGCACCUAGUUUAUGAAUGCAGACUGCAUGGUGCUUGAUUUUUACUGUGGCAAGGGACCUGAUGAAAGCCAUGAAAUAUUUACAUCUUGUAGGGAAUAUCUGGAAUGUACGGGUUGUUGACAUCUGUGUAUAAUUAAUUGUGUAUUUACCAUUUACCAUAAUUUACCAACUAAUUUUGAAUUAAAUUAAUAAUUUUU